GGAAAUGCAGGGUAACUGUCGGCCGUAUGUAGCUGAAAGCUAACGUUUUGUCGCAUUUCUUCGCCGCUGUUUUCAGUCUGUCUGCUAUUUUGGUAUUUGUCUUCGUUUGAAGAGUUUGUCGUUGAAACCCCGGGUUAAAGACAUCGAGCUGACUCUGCUGCUGAACUCGAUCACCUUGACUGUGCUUCUCCUCCUCCUCCUCACCUUCUUCAGUCUCUCUGGGUGUGGGUGACACUGGCUCUGUGCCAGUCCUCCACAGAUGAAGAUGUCCCUGGCCCAGCGAGUGCUCCUCUCAUGGAUAUUUGCUCUGAUCUUCUUGAUCCUGCUGGUCCUCAAGCUGGACUCCAGAAUCCACUGGAAUUGGUUCCUAAUCUUCCUCCCUGUUUGGACCUUUGACAGCAUCCUCAUCCUCAUGCUGAUAGUGAAGAUGGCAGGCCGCUGCAAGCCGGACUUUGACCCCAGGGAGGGUGAGCAGAGCUUGAAGAGGAGGCUGUGGUACCUAACAGCCCUGCUGCUAAAGCUGGCCUUCUGCCUGACUCUGUGCUCCCGCAUGGAGGGGCACACAAAAGUGUGGAUCAGUGUGGUCUGCAUCCCUCUGUGGGUGCUGCUGGGUGGAGCACUGGUAGAGCUGGGCUACAGCGUCUUCCACUAUAGGAGAGACUGAAAUUGCCAGAAUGUGAACUUUUUUUUUUUUUUUUUUAAAUACUCAGGCAUCUGUGACGAAGGAUACAUCACUGAAGGAAGAUGCUGACCUUUAUUUAAAACACUGUUCCUUUGCUGUAAGUGCAGACUCACUGGGUUAGUGACAUCUACACUCUGGGGCACGCAGGCUCUGCUUCACCUUCACCUGCUUCAGGCGGCAUCAGAGUGUUAUUUUGGGACAUGUUUUUGGACAUGUGUUGCUGCCUUUUAGCUCAUUUUUAGUCAUUAGUAAGGAAUGGAUUAAACUUAAGAGCCAGGUAAAAAGUCUGGCUGAUCAAACAUGUGCUACACAAAACAUUGAUCUUAACUUUUCUACAUUAGCUGCACUCUGUCAGCAACAGUUUGAAUGUAGAUGAGAACUUCCCCCAUCUGCUAAUAUUAAAUGUAAUUUGCACUGUACAAACUGCUGUAGACAUCUUUUUGAAAGCCAGGAAAAAAUGUCACUGUUCAUCAUUUUGUCGGCUGUUUUAUGUCAUGUUUGCAAACAAAAUGACCCAGGGAGAUUUAAGAGUAAGUGCAACCUUGCUGCAGGUCAGUAUUUAAAAGUCUUUUGAGCCUUCAUAGCAGGAAAAGGCUGAAUUCCAGGAUGCAGUGUGUUUGUGGUGUCUCUGGAUGAAGAGACAUGAAAUAAAAUUAUAAAAUUCAUGAUAGAAUUUAAUAAUUUUUUAAAAAUCCAGUCAUCUCAGAGUGACUGAGAUAUCUACAGCUGACAAGUGAAGCCGAUGUCGAAGUACGUUUAACCUGCAUUCUUUUUAAUGGCCACCAGGGGGUGAUAUCUGUGGUUGCAAGAGCAUUUCCAGUGCUACAAAGACUGUGUGAAAAUGAUUCUUAGACAUAACCUCUGUUUCAGGUUAUAUUGAAUAAAAUUGUAAAUUUUGGGCUGUCUAUGUGACAGAGAUGUGGAUUUUCUGGACACGCUCAUUGGCUAACAACUUGUGAUUGUGUGCGAGUCCUCCUCCUACUACACUAGCUGUGUGUCACACUCCUCUUAUACACCUUUGUAUCCUUUAUUGUAACUUGUCCAGCAAACCUAUGCUCCAGAUGCAUUUUUAGGAACCUAGAGAUCCUGCAGCACAGCAUACUGAUUUCCAGGUCAGGAGGGUGUAUUAGAUGAGAAAAUAAAAAUUAAAGUUAAGAAGGUGCUGCUUCCUUAUGCUCCAAGAAGUUGAGAUUCUCGUGUUUGAUUUGGCAUAGAUUUUUCCUGAUGUAACCCUUCAAUUUAUCCACAUUUGGGAUUCCUUCUGGACAACAACACCACAGUGCCACCUCUUCUAGGAUCCAGUCAAGUUUUGCUCAACAUGGAGCCAAAAGCAAGCAGUGACUUAUUUUUACUGUUUUUCUCUGGUGGGAGGGGCUUAGAGUUCACACUCACAGCAUAUUUAGAAUACAUCCUGCCAUAAUCGGAGGUUUCUUUUUGACCCUUCCUUUAGGGGGUCAUCUGCCUCCAUCUCAUCCUAUACCUAUCAUCCUGCCCUCUCACACAAACUACUCAUUUGUAAUCCUGUCCUGGUCACUCCCAGUGAAAACACAAGCAUCUUCACCUCUUCUCUUGACUUUAUGUAACAAAACCAUCUCCAAACCAUUAUAACAGGUCUAACUACUAUCUUAAUAUCCUUCUGCUCCACCCCUGCCUCCACGCUCUUCUUUACCUGCCUUGUGCCCUGACUGUUGCUUUGCAUGCCUGACCCAGCAGCCAGAAAGGCAAAUGACUGUGACCUCAUUGAUACAAAACACAGGCGAGACUUUUAACGUUGACCAAGUCAACAUUUUGAACCAUUUAUUGAGAGGUUCUGAUCAGAGUAUAAAUCACACUACCAAUUCUUAGGAAAUAAAAUGUAUUUACAACAGAAUUUUCACAUACAUCGGUUUCAAAUAAAAACAGACAGUAAAUGAUAUAAAUAAGUUCUAUGGAAAAUAAAA